AGCAGUUCAGUGGAAACACCUUCUCUCUUCACUACUGAAUCUGCCUGCGUGCGUGUGUGUGUGUGUGUGCGCACAUGUGUGUGUGUGUGUGAGAGAGAAAGAGAGCUGCGCGCGUCACCCAAGCUUCUCCUCUGAGACACACACGGCGUGUCUGUGUGUGUGUGUAAGUGUGGUUCAGUCUGCCAGCAGUGCCGCAUGCUCAGGAUUACGCGAGGCCCUACUUUUCAUCGCCGUGGCGACACUCAGCCCUCGGCCGUGGAGAGCAGCACACACACACCGAGGCGCGGAGAGCAGAGCAGCGGAGCGCGACUGCGGAGUGUGUUUUUACUGGGAGUUCACGUGAGGCAGUGCGAGUGUGUGUGAGUGAGCGAGAGUGUGUGUGUGUGAGUGUCGGGGGUGUAUGCCUCCAGUGCUCUCCAUCUUGUUAUUGUACUUCAGCGUCUCAGUGAGAUUUUUUUUCUGCCGGAGGAAAGUUUGACUUCUGCAUCUUCCGUGUGUUUCGGGGGACGUUCUCCUGUGACGUUCUCCUGCGCCGGUUCUCGGCUUGGUCUGUCCGCGGCUCCGUGUGUGGCUUUCCGCCCGGAUCCUCCGCGGUGGAUGGAUCACUCUCUGUUCGGCUGUCUGCGGAGUCCCCACGCUCCCGCACCGACGCUGCACUCGGCCUUCGCUCCGUCUCCUCUCGGCCUGCACGGCCGCUCCGAGCACGUCGUCUCCUACGCCGACCCCCCGUGCGGCUACUCCGGGGACGAAGCGGCAGCGUUCGGGCCGGGCGGACCCCACCGCUCGCACCCCUCCCACCAGCCGCCCCCCCAGCAGCAGCAGCACCCCCACCACCACGCGCAGCACCAGCCCCCCCCAGCAUGGCACCUGACCCCGAUGGGCCCGCCCGGCGCCGGACGGCACGGCCUCUGCGUCCCCCACCCUGACCAGGCCGGCGCCGCCGAGCUGUGCGGGGCGGGGGGCAGCGGGGGUGGGGGGGGUCUGUGCCCCCCCAACCCCGCUCUGGGGUCCGGCGAGGCGUCCGGCCCCGCGUGUGUGUCAGGGGAUUACGGUCGGCAGACACUGUCGCCGGCGGAAACGGACAGGAGGAACAGUAAAGGGAAAAGUGACAGCUCAGAUUCCCAGGAUGGGAGCUACAAGGCUGACGUGAGCAGCAAGCCCAGGAAGGAGAGGACGGCCUUCACCAAGGAGCAGAUCCGUGAGCUCGAGUCCGAGUUCGCCCACCACAACUACCUGACCCGCCUGCGCCGCUACGAGAUCGCCGUCAACCUCGACCUCACCGAGAGACAGGUAAAGGUGUGGUUCCAGAACAGGCGAAUGAAGUGGAAGCGUGUGAAGGGUGGCCAGCAGGGGGCAGCAGCGCGGGAGAAGGAGCUGGGCAACGUGCGGAAAGGCACCCUGCUGCCCUCCGAGUUCACGGGCAUGAUGGGACUUCACCACGCCGCCACCGCCUCCCCCGGCAACGACGACAGCCGCGACAGCGACCAGAGCUCCGAGCACGCCCACUUAUGAUCCGUGGGUCUGACCGCACGGUCACGGCAACCUUCGUUAUCUUCAGAUGAGGAUGAGGAGGAUAACCAGGGCUGGGACAGAGGCUGAAUCCAGUGCCUUAUGCGCUCGUGAGAGAGGACACACACACACACACACACACACACAAGGCUGGACAUGUCGGUGACUGAGACUGUUGAGAACAUUCCAACAUAUGUGCCUUAAUUCACACACACACGCACACACACACACACACACACACA